CCCUUGCAGGCUCCUGUACUGGGACACUGGACAUGCCUGUGGACAUUUGAGCAGCAACUGGCAUCUGUCUAUUUCUGUCCUGAGCCCGAAGAGCUGUGGGUCUGUGGACACGGUCAAACUCCAGGGAGAAAAUGUCUUUCCUCUGAAUGAACCAGUAUUUCCUUUGGUGACUUUUUCAAAACAUCGACCUCCUCAUGGACUUGUUUGAGAUCUGUGGGGGGCGACUGGACGUGAUUGAAGAAGAGUCAGAGCAUCUGGACUUGAGCCGAGACCCCAGCCGCAUGGAGGGUCCCGCUGUGGGGGGCCAGGGCAGAGGCGCCACCCAGGUCCAGAGGGGGGCGCUGCAGCGUUUCUCUGUGGACACCAACGACUCCCUACGAUUUGAACCCUGCGACACGCCAUCUCCCACCGGGGCGGAUGACGGGCAGGACGAUGUGUUCAAAGACACAGAGAAUCAAAAUGACGUGAUCCGUAACAAGCUCCAGGAGAAAGUUUCUGAGAUGGAGAACUUUGCUGGACAUUUGGAGGAGAUUUUUCUGACAGUGGAGGAGAACUUUGGGCGUCGGGAGCAGCACUUGGAGCAGCAUUACAACGACGUUCUUCAGACUUUGUCCCAGAGAUACGACGACCGAGCGGCGGCGCUGCAGGACGAGAAGAAGUCCAAACUGGAGGCUCUGUAUGGACAGCUCUUAGACUGUGGCCGCGCUCUGGACUCCUCCAAAGAGCUGAUCGAGAGCGCGCAGGAAGUGCACCGUUGUCAUGACAAGAGGCUGUUUCUGAAGAUGGUGAUGCCCACAAUCAAAAGGAUUGAGGACUUUGCUAAAGACGACAUGGAUCUGACCCUGUCCACGUCUCUGGAGUUCACCACGCCCCUCUCUGAUCUAUCUGAUGUUAAAACCAUGAUGGACUCGAUCAACGUCGUCCCAGCUCCGUCAGCCCCGGUCAUCAACCCUCAGAGUCCAAACUCGGCCUCCCAAACGUCUCUUCGUGUUUGCUGGAGCCUGUUUUCAGACGACACAGUGGAAUUCUACGAGCUGUACUACCGCCCUGUUCUGGAGGACUGUCCCGCCUCCGACCCCUCUGCCCCCCCAGUGAAUAAGGUGAAAGUGAAGGAGACUCACUGCACUGUAUCAGAUCUGCUGCCCAACGCUCAGUACGAGCUCUGGGUAACCGCCACCAACAUCACCGGCAUCAGCCCGGCCAGCGAGAAGGCCCUCUACAUGACGGUGCCCUGUCCUCCCGUCCUGAACCAGAGGGGGUACUUGAGCUGUCCCGAGGCUGCUCUGAUCCGCUGGGAGUCGGGCAACACAAACCCGGUCGACUCCUACACCGUGGAGAUUCGAGAACUGAGCAGCGACGGAGCGGAGAGCGAUGUCAAAGAGUCGAUCGUGGCCGUUCCCUCCUGUCAGUGUCUGGUGCAGCUGCAUCCGGGACAGUCCUACGUCAUCUCAGUCCGAGCUGUGAACAUCGGGGGUCCCAGUGAGAGGAGCCAGGGCCUCACCGUCCACACCACAGGCACAUACUUCAGUCUCCUGGAGGACUCGUCCCAUCACUGUCUGUGCUUCUCUGAGGACACGCUCACCAUCAGUUAUGGAUACGAGGACCCACCCCUCAGCGCCAUGGCCUUUGACGACACGGGCUUCACCAGGUGUGUGGCUGUUUUGGGGGAGCUGAUCCCGGUCCGAGGGUGUCAUUAUUGGGAGGUGGAGGUGGACGAUGAGACAGAGUACAGAGUGGGCGUGGCUUAUGAAGACACAGACAGGAACUCGUAUCUGGGAGCCAACAACACGUCCUGGUGCAUGAGACACAUCCUCACCCCCACACGACAUAAAUAUGAGUUUCUUCACAACGGUUGGAGUCCAGACUUGAGGAUCACAGUGAACCCAGUCCGGAUCGGAGUGGCUCUGGAUUACGAACAUGGGACCCUGUCUUUCUACAAUGUGGACCUCAAACAGCACCUUCACACUUUUCAAUGUCACUUCAGGAGCUUCGUGCAUCCGUGUUUUGGUCUGGACAACCCGGGAGAACUCAGCAUUCACAACGGGAUCGAGACCCCAAAGUUCACCUUCAUCUGAGGGGCUGUUAAUGCUACUGAUCUAUAGUUGGGGAGUAGACGGGGGAGGGAUAAAAGGGUCUGUUGUCCCGGGCCCCAGAAUUGGACCUUCAUCCUAUUUAUAUUAGAGGGGGGCCCAUGUGAGGCUUCCCUAAACUUAUGUGAACGGGCCUGUCUGUAGGACUUAACUAAAUUACAUGUUUUCAUACAUAACAUUGUACAGUGAAAGAAAAAUUUAAAUCUAUCAACUGGACAAAAAGUUGUAGGCGUGAACAUUUUUAAAGUGUAUUUCAUAACACUCAAAGAUGCAAUAUUUUAUUCAAGCUAAAAUUUCAAAAGCUUUUGGAGUGGUUUGAGUGAGAUCUGGUCACAGACUGAAUUAGUGUGUUCAAAAUUACAAAUAAAAAUGUUAUGUGAGGCUUGUCCCAGGUAGAGUCCUGGUGCAGGUGGAUGGUUGAUAAACGUUUGGUGUUGGGAUGUCUUUGGGAUUUACUGAAUGACGCAGGAGGUUCUUAAACUGAAAAAGGAAAAAGCAAGAUUAAAAAAAUAUCUAUACGUAAGAAUUUGUAAUAAAAAUUAU